GGGGUAGUGGGGCAGCGGGGCUGCACUGCCGGCGGUCGCGGUCAUGGAGGAUGCAGCUGACGACGCGGUGGCUUCCCCCGCCGCCCCCGGGACCGGGAAAUCCAAGCUGGAAACAUUGCCCAAGGAAGAUCUUAUCAAGUUUGCAAAGAAGCAAAUGAUACUGUUGCAGAAAACUAAAUCAAGAUGUACAGAGAUGGAGAAAGAAAUUGAAGAAUUCAAAUCAAGGUCUGCUGUUGGAGAAGAUGAUGAUAUCAUUAAGGCACUGACUGAGCGACUGGAUACUGUUCUUCUGGGAAAAGCAGAGGCUGAGCAGCAGUGUCUUUCUCUGAAGACGGAAAAUGCUAAAAUGAAGCAAGAGAUUGAGGAUUGUGCAGCCAAGAUAGAAGAUCUACACAAGGAGUCUGAGCAAUCACAAGGAAACUAUGUGAAAGAAGUGGAAAACUUGAAAAAUGAACUAAUAGCCGUAAAAGCCAAACACAAUGAAGCUAACACUAACUUUGAAAAAGUACUAGAAGAAGCAGCAAAAAAGCAAUUCCAGCUUUCAGAACAACUUAAAUUUCAGAGUGACUGUGAAGAAAAUGUUAAACAAUUGCAAGCAGAGAUUCAGAAGAUUAGACCGGCCUUUGAAGAGCAGAUUUUAUGUCUGCAAAAACAGUUAGAAGCCGCCACCAAUGAAAAGGAGCAAGAACUUACUCAUCUCCAACAAGUAGUUGAGGCUAAUUCUCAGCAUUAUCAAAAAGACAUUAGUAGUUUACAAGAGAAAAUCUUACAGUUAAAAGCUGCACACCAAGAAGAAGUGAAAGAACUGAUUUCCCAAAUUGAAUUAGCUGCUAAAGAACAUGAAUCAGAAAUAAAUAACUUAAAGCAGUUAAACAAGAACUUAACCAAGCAAUGUGAGGAAAGCAAAAAUAAUAUUCAGGAGAAAGCUUCACAAGAAAAUCAACUGUGUUCUUUGGUCUUAGAAGAAAAUACUAUAAUAGAACCAGUGGCAGAUAAAGUCAAACGCUUAGAAGAUACUAUAAAAGAACUGGAAUCUCAACAUAGUAUCUUAAAAGAUGAACUGACUUACAUGACCAAUCUUAAAUUAAAACUUGAAAUUGAUGCACAGCAUGUAAAAGAUGAAAUUUUUCACGAACGAGAAGACGUAGAGUUUAAGAUUAAUGAGUUAUUGUUAUCUAAAGAAGAGCAGAGUUAUAUAAUCGAAAAAUUAAAGUCUGAACUAGAAGAUUCAAAUAAACAGUUUUGCUAUACUGUAGAACAGCAUAAACUAGAAGUACAGACCCUUAAGGAAUACCAUCAAAAAGAAAUAUCAGAACUAAAUGAGACAUUUUUGUCAGGUGCGGAGAAAGAGAAAUUAACAUUAAUGUUUGAAAUGCAAGGUCUUAAGGAACAGUGUGAGAACCUACAGCAAGAAAAACAAGAAGCAAUUUUAAACUAUGAAAAUUUACGAGAGAUUAUGGAAAUUUUGCAAACAGAACUGGGGGAAUCCGCUGGCAAAAUAAGUCAAGAAUUUGAAUCAAUGAAGCAGCAGCAAGCCUCUGAUGUUAAUGAACUUCAGCAGAAACUAAGAACUGCUUUUAAUGAAAAAGAUGCUCUUCUUGAAACUGUGAAUCGUCUGCAGAGGGAAAAUGAAAAGUUACUAUCAAAACAAGAAUUUGUACCAGAACUUGAAAAUACUAUACAGAACCUUCAGGAACAGAAUGCAUUGUAUGUAACUAGUCUCAGUCUGAAGGAUACCAAGUUACAUGAAUUUGAAGCACAGGUAAGUUCUCUUACUGAAGAAAAAGGUGACUUCCUCAGUAAAAUAAAGAGUUCUCAAGAAGAGAUAGAUGAUCUCCAAAAAAAAUGUGACAGGGAAGAAAAAUUGGCUAUAGAACUUUGGGGGAAAGUGGAACAAGCUACCCAAUACAGUACUGAGCUAGAACAAAAGGUCAGUGAACUAAUGGGAAGACUAGAAGAAAGUUUAAAAGAGAAGGAUCAGAAUAGCCAGGAACUAGAAAAUGUUCGGGCUCAACUAAAAACUCUCUCUGAAGACCUUGAAGCACUCUCAUCUCAAGUGAAGACUCUCCACGAGGAAAAUAAUAGACUAAGUUCAGAGAAACAGAAAGUGAACACGGAUUUGGAAGCUCUGCUGUCUCAAAGAGAAGGAGAUGCUCUGCUUAAGGAACAAAUCUCUAAAUUAGAAAAGAAACUUUUGUCAACAGUUGAAGAACGAGAUCAUUUAAAUCAACUGCUUGAAAAUGAGCAAGUUCAGAAGACACUUGUCAAAACUCAGCUGUCUGAGUUUCUUAAACAGAUGGAGUCAGACUUUUCAGAAGAAAAUGAGGAACAAGAGGUUAUGAAUGUCCUACAAGCUGUAGGUGACUCCCUAGCUAAAAUAAGUGAGGAAAAACACAAUUUAAUUUUUCAGUAUGACAAGAGGGUAGUAGAGUUAGAAAAAGAGAUUAAGUGCCUUCAAGAAGAGAGUAUAGAGCACUGUGAAGAGCUUAGGUCUUCACUAAGAGACCAUGAGCAAGCGAAAAAACUCUUAAGGAAAGAGUUAGAAGAAAUUCUGUCAGAAAAAGAGGCCCUGCAAGCUGAUCUUCUAGAGAUGAAGAAUGCUAAUGAAAAAGCAAGGCUUGAAAAUCAGAAUCUUUUAAUCCAAAUUGAGGAAAUAUCUCAGAAUUUAAAUAACAAACAUGAAAUAAACAAUGAAAGUGAAAAAUCUUUUAUGACAGAGUUGGAAAACCUAAGACCAUUGCUAGCUCAAAAAGAAUCUGAACUGCAGGAUGUGAGAGCAGAAUUACUUCUACUAAAGGAUUCCAUAAAGAAAUCUGUAGAAAGUGAUCAGCUCUCAUCAUUAAAAGAACUGGAAGAAAAAAUAGGUAAUCUGGAAAAAGAAUGCAAGGAGAAAGAUGAGAAAAUAAAUAAGAUAAAACUAGUUGCGGUAAAAGCAAAGAAAGAACUAGAUUCUAGCAGAAAAGAGACCCAGUCUCUACGGGAAGAACUUGAAUCUGUUCGGUCAGAAAAGAAUCAGUUGUCUGCUUCCAUGAGAGAUCUCAUUCAAGGAGCAGAAAGCUAUAAGAAUCUUUUACUAGAGUAUGAUAAGCAGUCAGAGCAGCUGGAUGUGGAAAAAGAACGUGCAAAUAAUUUUGAACAUCAAAUAGAUGACCUUACAAGACAACUAGCAAAUUCGACUUUUCAGUGUGAAAAAUUGAAUUCUGAUAAUGAAGAUCUCCUGGCACGUAUUGAGACAUUACAGUCUAAUGCCAAGUUAUUAGAAGUACAGGUUUUAGAAGUCCAGAGAGCAAAAGCAGUUGUGGACAAAGAGUUGGAAGCUGAAAAACUUCAGAAAGAGCAAAAGAUAAAGGAGCAUGCCAUUUCUGUAAGUGAACUUGAAGACCUUCAUCUACAACUUCAAAAGGAAAAGAAGCAGCUUCAGAAAACCAUGCAAGAAUUAGAGCUGGUUAAAAAGGAUGCCCAACAGACUACGUUGAUGAAUAUGGAGAUAGCUGACUAUGAGCGUCUGAUGAAAGAUUUAAACCAAAAGUUAACUAAUAAGGACAGCAAGAUAGAAGAUCUAGAGCAAGAAAUAAUAAUUCAGAAACAAAAACAAGAAACUUUGCAAGAAGAAAUGAGUUCACUACAGUCUUCAGUGCAACAAUAUGAAGAAACAAAUACCAAGAUUAAGCAGUUGCUUGUGAAAACCAAAAAAGAACUGGCAGACUCAAAGCAAGCAGAAACAGAUCACCUGAUACUUCAAGCGUCCUUAAAGGGUGAACUGGAGGCAAGCCAGCAGCAAGUAGAAGUCUAUAAAAUUCAGCUGGCUGAAAUAACAGCUGAGAAGCACAAGGCUCACGAGCACCUCAAAGCCUCUGCAGACCAGCACCAGCGCACACUGGGUGCAUACCAACAAAAAGUGACGGCCCUUCAGGAGGAGUGCCGUGCUGCCAAGGCAGAACAAGCUGCUGUAACCUCUGAAUUUGAGAGCUACAAAAUCCGAGUUCAUAAUGUUCUAAAACAACAGAAACAUAAAUCUGUGUCUCAGGCUGAAACAGAGGGAGCUAAACAAGAAAGAGAACACCUGGAAACGCUGAUUGACCAACUAAAGAUCAAACUACAAGACACCCAAAAUACCUUACAGAUCAAUGUAUCUGAACUUCAGACUCUACAGUCAGAACAUGAUACUCUACUGGACAGACACAACAAGAUGCUGCAGGAAACUGUGUCCAAGGAGGCGGAGCUCCGAGAAAAGUUGUGCUCAGUACAAUCAGAGAAUAUGACAAUGAAGUCUGAACAUGAACAAAUUGUGAGUCAGCUGAAGUCCCAGAACGAGGUCCUUCGCAAUAGCUUCCGAGAUCAAGUGCGACAUUUGCAGGAAGAGCACAGGAAGACGAUGGAGACUUUGCAACAGCAACUCUCCAGGGUGGAAGCUCAACUUUUUCAGCUUAAGAGUGAACCAACUACACGAAGCCCAGUUUCUUCCCAUCAGCCUUUGAAGACUCUGAGGGAAAGGAGAAACACUGACCUUCCCCUUCUGGAUGUGCACACCACAACCCGGGAGGAAGGUGAAGGAAUGGAGACCACUGACACUGAGUCGGUGUCUUCCUCCAGCACUCACAUCCCAUCACUGGAGCAGCUGCUUAAUUCUGCUGAAACUAAACUGGAACCUCCUUUAUGGCAUGCUGAAUUUACCAAGGAAGAACUGGUUCAGAAGCUCAGUUCCACCACAAAAAGCGCUGAUCAUUUAAACGGCCUUCUUCGGGAAACAGAAGCGACCAAUGCUGUCCUUAUGGAACAAAUUAAGCUUCUCAAAAGUGAAAUAAGAAGAUUAGAAAGAAAUCAAGAACGAGAGAAAUCGGUAGCUAACCUGGAAUACUUGAAGAAUGUCUUGCUGCAGUUUAUUUUCCUGAAGCCAGGGAGUGAAAGAGAGCGGCUGCUCCCAGUUAUAUGCACAAUGCUGCAGCUCAGCCCUGAAGAAAAAGGAAAACUUGGUGCAGUUGCUCAAGGUGAGGAAGAAAAUGUUUCUCGUUCCUCCGGAUGGGCAUCCUACCUGCAUAGUUGGUCUGGACUCCGUUAAGUUGAUGGAAAGGACGUCAUUUAUUAACCAAAUCAAAUCCACUUGGCAAAAAAUGGCUCAUAUCUAUUGCUGUCACUUUUUUGUGUGUGUGUCAAAGUGUUUGUGUGUAUAUGUAUAUAUAUUAUAUUCAUACCUACAUAUAUUUUUACAUGCAUAUGUCAGAUAUAUUUAAAAAUCUGACCCUUGAAGUAAGAGUACAACAACCCACAUGAAGUGUCGAUGCCAGUCCACCCACAGCCUUUUCAGUCUGAUGCCAUAUGCACGUCGCCCAGUGAAGACCCCCAAGAAUGAUAUCACUCCCUCCUCUGGAGCCUCAGGACCCACCUGUCUCUGGCCAGUACUGUGAAUCUUGAAGCUAAACAAAAUGUUGGUACCAUAUCUGCUGGAACUUAGGCCUCGAAAAUAAUGUCACAAACAAUUCACUGCAUCAUGAGACUUGUAAAUAGGCUGUCAGUUACAUUGAUAAUUUGUUCGAGAAGUUUUGUUAGAAUAUGAAGGAAAAAUGCUUUAUUGGUCAAGGUGACUUUUUUAAGGGACUACAAAGUAAAUGAAGAUGCUGCAGGUAAUGAUAAGGCUCAAGUUGAAACACUGAUAACUCAAAGCUCUAUUGUCAGAAACCCCGAUGUUGAGACAGUGCCUGUAUGAAAUGAUGGGACCACAUGACCUGGGAGAUACAUAGCAUCUUCUUCCCAGUCUCUUGUUAUGGGCCAAAUGCUUCUUCUAAGGCAUGAGUUUUGAGAAUGCUCACCAAGUAAACAUUCAGCAGAACAAAGACUGUAUUACUUAACAUUGUAUGUAAAUAUGAAAUUGGUGCUUCCAUAUUUCUGCAAUAUCUUUGCACCAUGAAUUUUCCAUCAGAAAGGAUUUUAGAAAGACAGCUGAGAAGUUCAUGUUAUAUUUUCACGUUUCUUAUGAAUGACUCUAGUGAUAUCACUUGCCUUUGAUGCCUCUAACUAUAUUUUACUGACGUACUCAAAAUUGCAUUCUCUAAAUCAUAAAUUCAAGAAUUCUAUUUUUACUAUUUAUUUGUGAGAAAAAUCACUGCACAGUGCACUCUAUGAAGUUCUUGUAAGCCUUCCAGUAUGUACUCUUAAUUUUCACCCUCAGCCAGUGAAUUGACUUUGUACUUUCACUUAUCCCACAUCAGUCUUCAGUUUAACUUCACCAAAAUUUGCUGCUGACAUGUCGAGUUUGUUCUUUUAAAAAAUAUCUCCUAUUUCUGUCUUCCCUCCUGUUUUAGAACAGACCUAACUAGUGAAUGUAUGAUUGAAAAAUGCAUCUCUGUCAGAGCAGAUUUUUCAAAGUUUAGGUUUUUGUUUACUUUAUAAACUGUGAAUGAGUAUGCCAGCAGCAUACGGUGUAACUAUAAUAGUACUGAAAUAAACUUCACUUUCUCUUUACCUCUAGGCCUUUUUCAAAUCUGUGUAAACCUGUUUGGAGAUUCUGUCUCUACUUAUGAAUGUAAUAACAAAAAUACAUUUUUGCAUGACAGAAAAUUACUUUGAUUACAAACAGCUUUUCUUUCAUGGCUUUUGCUAUGCAAGGAAAUGUAAUGCUUAAUGUUUCUAUUAAAUGUCUAACUGCAUACUA